CCUUUCUCUCUUUCUCUCGUUUCUCAAACUCUCCCUAAACACUUUCCUUUAGUUCAUAUAGAUACGAUAACUUUGUAUACAGUUUUGCUUCAAUGAUGAAAGGAGGGUUUGAAGUGGUUCAUGGAGCUCUUGAUAUGAUGCAACCCCAUGAACCAUGGGAAUAUUCCUCUAUCGGGUUUCCAACUCCUACCUCUAACGUCUCCUUCCCAAAACCAAUGAUCGAAAAUCGUUGUGUAAACUUGGAGAGAAAUGAACUCUCCGAGUGGGUGGAACAUGUCACCAAGCAGCUCAUUGAUGACCUGCCGGAUGCUGGCACUGAGAGCUUGCAAGCUCAUGACCCUUCAAUGAUGUGUGAGGAUUAUCACAAUCCUGUCUCGUCAUUUUUGGGUGACUUAAGGCCAAGAAAAACCAGCAGAAGAAGUUAUUUUGAUGCCAAUGGCGGCGAAGAGCUUCAAUGGAGCAAUGAGCUUGGAAACCAAACAAACAUUUGUGAAAGUGGAUCAAGUAGUAGAGGAUUGAAUAGGUUAGACGAACAAGGGUUAAGCCUAAUAACCCUCCUUUUGGAGUGUGCGGUUGCUAUUUCGGUUGAUAAUCUUGGUGAAGCUCAUAGAAUGUUACUUGAGCUCACCCAAAUGGCUUCCCCAUAUGGUCCUUCUUGUGCUGAAAGGGUUGUGGCCUAUUUUGCAAAGGCCAUGGCCAGUAGGGUUAUCAAUUCAUGGCUAGGGAUUUGUUCUCCUUUAAUUAACCACAAGAGUGUUCACUGUGCCUUUCAAGUCUUCAAUAACGUCUCUCCUUUCAUCAAAUUUGCACACUUCACCUCCAACCAAGCCAUUCUAGAGGCUUUCCAUCGACGCGACAGGGUUCACAUAAUAGACCUUGACAUCAUGCAAGGUUUGCAAUGGCCAGCCCUUUUUCACAUCCUUGCCACACGUAUCGAAGGCCCUCCACACGUUCGAAUGACCGGUAUGGGCACUUCAAUGGAGAUUCUAGUUGAGACAGGAAAACAACUUUCCAAUUUCGCAAAGCGACUUGGAAUGUCAUUUGAAUUCCACCCAAUCGCCAAAAAAUUCGGAGAAGUCGAUGCUUCAAUGUUGCAAGUCCGCCGAGGAGAGACACUAGCCGUGCAUUGGCUACAACAUUCGUUGUAUGACGCCACGGGACCAGAUUGGAAAACAAUGAGACUCCUUGAAGAAUUAGCACCAAGAGUUAUCACAUUGGUUGAGCAAGAAAUCUCCCAUGGUGGAUCUUUCUUGGACCGUUUUGUAGGCUCUCUCCAUUACUACUCGACCCUAUUUGAUUCACUAGAAGCAUACUUGCCAAGCGAUGAUCCGAGUAGACAUCGGGUUGAGCAUUGCCUUCUCUACAGAGAAAUAAACAACAUAUUGGCAAUAGGAGGCCCGGCACGAAGCGGGGAAGAUAAGUUCAGGCAUUGGAGGAGUGAGCUGGCGAGGAAUUGCUUUAUGCAGGUUCCAAUGAGCAGCAACUCAAUGGCUCAGGCACAGCUUAUACUAAACAUGUUCCCUCCGGCUCAUGGGUAUAGCCUCGUCCAAGGAGAAGGCACACUGAUGCUCGGAUGGAAAGAUACUAGCUUGUUUACUGCAUCUGCUUGGACCUCUCAUGCUUCAAGAUAGCAGCUAGCUGAUCGAUAUUAAUGUUUUUGUUGGUGCCCAAAACCCUAGCAGUUAAGUUGUAAAGAUUAGAGUUAUGGAAAAGGGAUAUAUAAUAAUUAAUUAUAAUCAAGCAACAAGCUAAAGCUAGGUACUGCAGUUGUAACU